UGUCCCAUAAGUUGACACUGCAUCCUGAGGAGCACUGCUGCUUCUCCAGAAGUCACUGGCUAGCGGGGUCGUGUCAUCCACGCCAAGGGUCGCCUUCAGUGGUUCUGUCUUCGUACCAGACCCACCAGCGUUGCUGUGAUGGUCAAGUGGGUCCACUGUGCAGCCUUCCUCCAGCUUCUGUUGAUGAUGGCGAGGAUGGUAGUUUUCCCCGUGGAAUCCCAGGCCGAGGCGGUCACUGCUGGAGACAAUCAAGACUCCAGAGAGCCACCUAUGGUUGAAGACGAACCGCCACCCACACAGGUAGAACCCCCAGGAGAUAGAGGAGGUCCUACACUCAAAGGGCCAGAACCAUCCGGUGCUGGAGACGGACAUCUACCCAGAGAUGGUUCUGUACCCAGAGAGAUACAGCCACCCUGUCUUGGAGAGGGUUCGACGCCAGGUAAGACAGAACCAAUCAGUGUCGUGAAUGUCUCGUCACAUGCAAAGGAAGAGUCACCCAUUGUUAAACAUGGUUUGUCACCUGGAGGUGCAGAACGGCUCAUGGGUGAGUUAGUACCACAUCCUGUGGCAGUCAAUCCGUCCCAGCAUCAGAGAGAGUCACAUACUGAUGUUGAUGAACAACCGGAGAAUGCUCCUCCCGUGGUAGUCCUUCCUUUGUCUGAGUACAAAAUACUAACCACAUCGAUCCUUCCGAAUAGAGGAAGCAGUGACAUUGAGCAUAAAUCAGGUAAAACCGCUUCAGUUAAUGAUACAAAACUACAUACCACCGUCUUACCGAUCAUUGGAUCACAAGUAUACGGCUCUAUCAUCCUGGCCUCCUCUGACGACAACAUGUUAGUAAGCUGGUCAGGGAAGCCACACGCGGCCAUGUUCAGACGAAGCAUUAAGUCAAAGAUCUCCACGCCUAAAGAAUACCCUGGUGCACAGACUUUGGGAAUCUGUAAAAAUGUACAUAAUUCUCUGUAUGGAAAACCACAAUCAACAAUGGGAUACCUUUAUCGGAUAAAUACAUUAAAGGACAUACAUUUGUUCGUAAAUAAAACAUUCGUAGAUAUAUGCCUUCCUAUUUUUCGAAUACAUGAGAUCUGCGAAGAGUAUAGAUAUCUGACCAUAUGCUCCAAGAGGAGUAUAGGGUUCGUGCAUUCUCAUGGCUGUCAGCGUUUAUCUGAAGAAGACAUGUAUUUCGAUUUUUUUUUGGGCCUUCAUGUUCUUAAAAACGAUUCGGAAUGUAUGAAGAAAGUGUGUAAUGGGUCAUUUAGGUUGAGAGAAUCAAGUGUAGGAGGAGUCACAUACCAGAUUUUUAAUCUUCUCGAUUUCCAUGGAGGACAGAAGGCAUGUAAUGCCAAUUUCUCACUCCACGGUUCUUACACGUCUGGCAGAUACAACAAGACCUACGUGACUAUAAAUAACCACUGGCCGAGUUGUUGUGUUGUGUGUGUGGUCGUCUGGAGCGAUCACCCGGAGGACCACGGCAUCAAUGGAGGUUGGAGAUAUCUAGACGGGAGCUGCCAAGCAACCGAGGUGGUGUUGAUUAUGGUGGUGGCGUGCGUGGCUGUGCUUGGGGUGGUGGGUAAUGUGGUGGUGGUGGUGGUGAUGGUGAGCAGUGAACACAUAGGUCAGGAGUCCAGCAUGCUCCGCACUACCCUGGCUGUGACUGACCUCCUUCUUGGUAUCUUCGUGGUUAUGCCCUCAUUCUUCGCCCACAUUUCGCCAUUUAUUACAGAAACUUCUUACAGCGAUUUAAAAUAUCUAAAUUAUUUUAUACGUUCAACGCAUGUUAAAAAGCGGGAUUUAUCUGAUUUUACAAUCACUAAUCUUUUGACAUAUUCAGAGGGUUACCCUUUGUUCCAGUCUCUCUUAAAAAAAACGUGUUUGACAGUAUCCUUGUUAAUUAUAUUUCUGCUGAGUGUGGAGAGAUUUCUGGCGAUAAGUCGGCCACUUCGCUACAGGGAUUACAUUACACCCGGACGAAUCAAGGCAGCUAUUGUGUUCUGCUGGGUAAUGAGUCUCUUGGACGCGCUCAUUCUCUCCUAUGACAAAGACGGUCGCAUCAUCUCGCAAUGGUCGACGUUUAACAAACUCCCGAUCAUAGGUUUAACGGAUUACCCUGAUACUUUAUUGUAUGCAUUUUUAUCCAAUUUACACAUAGUCCUCCUUAUUGGAACUGUAAUUGCCACUGUUGCCUUAUCCUUGCUAGCCAUCAGGAGUUUUCUUAUCAAGAAAGCUCGCGAGGAAGCUGAGUGGAGACACUAUGGACUUACAUCAACUGAACUGUAUGAUAAUGACAAUCGUCGUAUUGUAAUCACGAUGAUCCUGAUGAUAAUAUUCUAUAUUAUAUCUCUUAGCCCAAUUGGAAUCCAGUUUAUUCUUUACAGUUGGAACAACAGACCUUAUCAAACAUUUCUCUUUGAAUACCUGGCCUCAUGGAUGUUCCUAGCCAGCACGGCUUGGAACCCGUGGGUGUUCAACAUCCGGAGCACCCAGUUCGUCAGUGACAUGGCUGAGUUCCUCCGCAGAGUGCUGCCGGCCAGGGUAGGCGAGAGGCUUAGGCCAUACAUAACUCACUCUGGACACAAGUGGGAUAACUCUGAACUAACACCGCGUAGGAUGAAGAUGCUGCGGGAGUUGGGCAUCUCAGAAACCUGAUCAGCCUCGACUCCCACAUGUCUUGGCCAUCUUACUCACUGCUGGGAUUCCCACAUGUCUUGGCCAUUUUACUCAGUUCUCUUUAUUAUCAUCAUUAUUAUGUUUAUUUUCACUCAUUAUUAUUAUCAUCAUCAUUCUUAAAGAUUUUUGACAUGUCAUUAGAGUUACUUUGAAGUUUCGUCAAGCAAGAAGUGCACUAUCAAAUGCCUGUCAUAUGUAUCUUCUUAACAGUCAUUAUUGUUAACAAUAAUGACACUUGGGUCAUUAUUAUUAGUAUUAUUAUUGUUGUAUUAUGUCACAAUAACAAGUAAAACGCAUGAUAAAUAGGAAUUGUUAUAAGCUAAAUACAUAAUAAACAUUGAGCAAGAUAUUAA